AUGGUGAUAAUCGAGUCGAGCAUUGCUUCGAAAGCGAGGCCGUAUGUGGGAGUCAUUUUCCUGCAGUUUGGGGCUGCCGGUUUCGGUAUAGUUGCAAAGGCUGCUCUAAACAAAGGCAGCAGUAAUUACACGUUCGCCGUCUACAGAAACGCAAUCGCGGCUGCCAUUUUCAUUCCUUUCGCCAUCAUUUUCGAGAGGAAAACAAGGCCAACAAUGACGUGGAGCGUCUUGUGGAAGAUUUUGCUGCUUGGCUUACUUGACCCGGUUAUCGGUCAGAACAUGUUCUAUGCCGGCAUGAGAUAUUCAUCGGCCACCUUUGCUGCUGCUCUGUGCAAUCUCAUCCCUGCUCUCACUUUUGUAUUGGCUUGGAUUUUCAGGAUUGAGAAGGUGAACUUGAGAAGCUUGCACAGUAAUGCUAAGAUAAUGGGGACUUUGGUUACUGUUGGAGGAGCCAUGAUUAUGACUUUGAUUAGCGGGCCGAUAAUUGGAUUGCCAUGGACGCAUGCAUCACAUGAUAAUCGAGCCUCUGCGAAUCCUAAUGAUAAGGAAGAUCCUGUGAUGAAUCGUGAUUGGAAUGUGGUCCUACAACAUGUUUACCGCGAAUCAAACUUCUCGGCCGACUAUUUGGCGUCGCUUGCGGCGACGGGACCAGGGGGAUGCAACGGCUAG